UAGCAGCCUCAGAUUGAGUAUUUAUUAUGUACUAGGUCCAAUAUUAAGUGCUUUAUGUGUCUCUCCUCAAUUCUCAUAACUGCCCCAUAAUACGGUAAUCACUGUCAUUCCCAUUUUACAGAAGAUGAAACUGAGGCUCCAGAAGGACAAAUGACUCAUCCAAGAGUUUCUAAUAAGUGGUGGGUUCCAGGUUCUGACCCAGAUCUGGUGGACUCUAGAGACCAAAUUCUUAGCAGCUACAUCCCCCGAGAGAGGGGUCUUUCACAGACGCACCUCAGUAUUCAAGAAGAGGGUCUUCAUCUCCUGGAGCAACUGCCGGGCCCAGGUCGGCUCAUGAACAUGCUGCAGGCCGGCGGACGCCCGCUUCAGCAGCGGCUGCGUGCCACCCCACAGAGCGGCCACCAGCACCAGAACCAGCACCUGCCCUGAAUGCAGACGGAUGAUUCGAGGGCGGAGACCAUGGUCCGGAAGUGGCACCAAAGCUCUUUCCGGUCCUACUCACGUUGCCGCUUUCCUCGCGUCACCGCCGGGAUGAAGCCGAUCCUGCUGCAGGGCCAUGAGCGGUCCAUUACACAGAUCAAGUAUAACCGCGAGGGAGACCUCCUCUUCACCGUGGCCAAGGACCCUACUGUCAAUGUAUGGUACUCUGUGAACGGUGAGAGGCUCGGCACCUACAUGGGCCAUACUGGAGCUGUGUGGUGUGUGGAUGCCGACUGGGACACCAAGCAUGUGCUCACUGGCUCAGCUGACAACAGCUGUCGUCUUUGGGACUGUGAAACAGGGAAGCAGCUGGCCCUACUCAAGACCAAUUCAGCUGUCCGGACCUGUGGCUUUGACUUUGGGGGCAACAUCAUCAUGUUCUCCACGGACAAGCAGAUGGGCUACCAGUGCUUUGUGAGCUUCUUUGACCUGCGGGAUCCGAGCCAGAUUGACAACAACGAGCCCUACAUGAAGAUUCCUUGCAAUGACUCCAAGAUCACCAGUGCUGUCUGGGGACCCCUGGGGGAGUGCAUCAUCGCAGGCCAUGAGAGUGGUGAGCUCAACCAGUAUAGUGCCAAGUCUGGAGAGGUGCUGGUAAAUGUUAAGGAGCACUCCCGGCAGAUCAAUGACAUCCAGUUAUCCAGGGACAUGACCAUGUUUGUUACUGCAUCCAAGGACAACACAGCCAAGCUGUUUGACUCCACAACUCUUGAACAUCAGAAGACCUUCCGAACAGAGCGUCCCGUCAACUCAGCUGCCCUCUCCCCCAAUUACGAUCAUGUGGUGCUGGGUGGUGGUCAGGAAGCCAUGGAUGUAACCACAACCUCCACCAGGAUUGGCAAAUUUGAGGCCAGGUUCUUCCAUUUGGCCUUUGAAGAAGAGUUUGGGAGAGUCAAGGGCCACUUUGGACCUAUCAACAGUGUUGCCUUCCAUCCCGAUGGCAAGAGCUACAGCAGUGGCGGGGAAGAUGGUUAUGUCCGCAUCCACUACUUCGACCCACAAUACUUCGAAUUUGAGUUUGAGGCUUAAGAAGCUGGAUCUCCAGCUGGGCAUGGUAACUCACACCUGUAAUCCCAGCACUAU